CCUGCCUCCUGCCUCCUGUCCAUUCUCAAUAUGGAAAGCGAGAUGAUGUCAUAUUGUCACUUUCACCAUCGACAGUGGAGAGGAGAACACCUUGGGAUCUCUUGGACUAGCUGGAAAUACAAUCCUGAGUGACGGAGCUCAUCAGAGACAACAGCAAUGUGCAGCCUGGCUUUCCUCAUCGUGUCCGCCUGCGCAUUGAUGGUGGGUCUCUCAGUCUGCUGCCCCCAAAGAAGAUAUCACGUCGUCUAUGAUAAAAUGAACUGGGACCAAGCUCUCCAACACUGUCAAAAUAAUUUCAUUGAUCUGGUUAGUGUUCCCAGUGAUGAGGAAAUGCAGGCAGUCAAGGCACUGAUUUCCCGGGUCUCAGAGUACACGUUUUGGUUGGGUCUGCGCAGAAAAACAGUCAGCUCGCCUUGGGAAUGGUCAUCCGGUGUGGCCUUUCAAUACAGCAAAUGGCUGAGUUGGGAACCAGAUGCUAAUGGAGAUUGUGGAGCCAUGACUCCCAGUGGAGAGUGGCGAGCUGAACCUUGUGCUGACCUUCACAGCUUCGUCUGCUUGGCAGGACCUUCUGUGCUGUGCGGUCAGAGGGAGUACUUCCUGGUUCACACAGUGAAGAAUGCAGACGAAGCCAGAGAACACUGCAGAUCUCUGUACACAGACCUGGUGAGCAUCACAAGCCAAGACGUGCUCCUGGAUAUCGAACAGCUGAUGAACAAAACCACUUCCAAUACCGACUACUGGAUAGGACUGAGGAGGGACGGUGGGUCUUGGAGCUGGGGAAACGGGGAAACUUUCAACUACAGCAACUGGGGAGUACUUCAGCUAGUGAGGAAUGGAACCUGUGUCACGAUCAAGACCUCUCAAUUGAAUUUUGGGGCAUGGAAGAUGAACAACUGCAAUGACAUCAACAAGUUCAUCUGUUACAAAGGACACCACCACUGUUCAGUUUGA